GAACUCAAAACCAACCCAUCACUGGCUUUACUACUACUUAAGUCUCUUUCUCUUUCCUCAUCCUGAUCAUUUACAAAGAAACAUCAUGGAUUGGUCCCAAAAGCUUUACUUUACAGCUUUUGUAGUUGUUGCAACAGCUGCAUCCAUUCGUGGAAUUCAUGGUUAUGCUAUGGUCUCUGGCACUGUCUUCUGUGACCAAUGCAAAGAUGGCCAAGUAUCUCUUUUUGAUUAUCCUCUAAAUGGAAUAAAAGUGGCAAUGGCAUGCCCAGACAACAAUGGGCAAAUGACAACAUGGGGAGAAGAAACAACAAAUUGGCUAGGAAGUUUUGCAAUGAGGUUCGACGGAACGCCAGAUUUGGGUGGUUGUGUUGCACAGGUUACAAGCAGUAGUGAAGAAGGGACAAGAGGGUGUGGGACAGGUGGAGGACAAGGGAGGUCACCAAGAUUAAUGUUUAGGAUGUUUGAUAUGGAAAUGUACACUGUUGAUCCUUUGAUUUCUCAGCCUGAAGAUCCUAUGUCUUUUUGUCCAAGAUUUUCAUAUCCACAACCACAUCCCAACCCUGUUUCUCCACCUACACCACCAUCAACACUUCCAGUUCCAACAUUGCCACCUACUCCUCCAUUGCCUCAUUUACCCCCAAUGCCUACUUUACCACCAUUGCCUCAUUUACCCCCAUUGCCUCCUUUACCACCAAUGCCACCUGUGCCCUAUUUGGAAGCUUCAGCUUGCUCACACCAGAACUGGAUGAUGCCAGAAUACAGAUGCUAUUGGAAAGUAAUAAAUCCAGAUUCAAAAGUAGGUGUUGUAUUUGGUCUAAUUGCUGCUAGAAAAUAUGGCACUGAUAUAACAUUAUGGGAAGGAAUGAAAGGCAGAGGAGAGCCUUAUACAACUUUACUCAGAGAAGGAACAACUGCACUUUUGAAUUCUUAUAACAGUGUACAGUUCCCAUAUCAUCCAUUGGGUGUCAUUCAACAUAUGAAUUGGGCAUUAAUGGGAUCCACUCAACAAGUUAUGCACACAGCUUUGAGUUUCUUGAGGGCUAAUUCUGGAAAUGGCAGAUUCACUUGCAAGUUCAAUCCUUGCAAAUGAUUAUUAUUUCAGCUGGUUUAAUUAAUUUCCCUAAUAUAUAGUUGAGCUAAUAAUGUUAUAAUACUCUGUUUUGUAAUACUGCCCGUUAUUGCUCUUGCAAUUGUAUGGAUAAGAAUACGACGCUUGGCGUAUACUAUUUUCUAAAUUUGCUCUGUACGUCUUACUUAGUAUAUUGAUAUUGAAUAUUAUUGAUGUCAUUUUUUUUUU